CAGUGGAUCACAUAUCCACCAGAUAAAAAAAAUUGUUAUAAUUUUCUGCUCUCAUCUCCUGCGGCAACCUACUUUGUUUCUUGUCGUCGAUACAUUAAGGAGAAGAAAAAGAAAAAGGUUUUUUUUUUUUUUCUUUCUGAAAUUUUCUAAGGAAACAAACAAAAAAAAAUGGAUGAUUACACGAGAGAGAUGAUGGAUUUGAAAACCCUAGUUACUCGAACCCUAGAGAAGAAAGGGGUUCUAGCUAAGAUCCGGGCUGAACUCAGGGCAAGUGUCUUUGAAGCAAUUGAAGAGGAAGAUCGAGUAAUUGAGAAAGAAGAAGGUUUACCUCCUGCAUUAUUGGGAAGCUGCAAUGAUCGUGCUAAACAACUUCAUGCUUCUCCUUCUGGAAGACUAUUAACUGCACUAAUAUGCGAGUACUUAGACUGGGCACAACUAAACCACACUCUAAAAGUUUAUCUGCCAGAAUGUAAUUUGCAAAAAGAUUCUUGGAAAGCUGAGUUGAAAGACUUUAGUGGCAAAAAUGGUUAUGAUCUUAACAGAAACGGGGACGGUGGACCCUUGCUUUUGGACGUUCUUGAAGGCUUCUUGAAGUUUGAGAACUUAUCCCAAGCAAGGGGAACUGGAAGGAAACCACAAGAAAUUGAGUCAUCGUCUAGUUUAGAGUCUCGAAGCACAAGAAGACCCUCAUCAUCAACUGUUGCUGGGGGCUUGCCCCCAUUAGGAAGGCCGGUUCCUGUUUUGCAGUCAUCUGAUAGGAGAGCAGGUUCCUCCAUGUCUGGUUACAGGAAAGAUGAGUACAGUCGGAGAUAUGAUGAUGAUCUCCCAGAAGAUGUGAUUCGAGCUUCAGCUGCCCUGGAAAAUCUUCAGUUGGACAGAAAGGCCAGGAAUCUAACUACUUCUUGGCGACAUGCUGGGGAUGGAAUCAGUGAGGAUGACAGCAGGGUCGAUCAUAUGUAGCUGAAUGACAUCUAUUGCAUUACAGCGCUUGUAGUUCAGUGUGUAUUUUCAAGUUUCCACCAAUCCCAAGUUUUUCUCAACCAUAAAAAGAGGAUAGUGAAGUUAUUAUGUAAGUUUUUACAUAUAAUUGUGCUGUGAUUUUGUGUUCUCUUUUGAGCUUUCUUUCCUCUUUUCACUUAUUUUCUUUUGGAUCCCUUUUGGUAUACCUUUCAAUGUAUCAGCUGUUUUCAGGUUUUCAAUGGAUGCUUAGAUCAAAUCAUUGUUUUUUUCAGGCAGAAAAAUCAUUGGCUACUAAUCUUUGAUGAACCUGAUUGUUGAAGUUUACUUGUCUUUUUCAGUGAAAACAAGUAUAUAUUGUUGUAACUUGCAAGUUACAAAGACCGUCUUAAAAUAUGGUGACUAAAAUCAUUUGAAAUAUAUGUUUUGUUUCUCUCUGAUAGUGGAUCCUAGUCAGCAUUUUUUUCUUCGUUUAUAGUAUGCUGUAUUUUUAAUAUAAAAGAGGUCGCAAUCUUAGGUAAAGAAAUAAUUGUAAAUGUUAAAACUUAAAUCUCGUGUUGAAUGUCACCUAUUAAGAUUAGAUUACUCGAAUUAAUUAAAUUAAAUUUUCGUUUUUCAUUUUUAUUUGUCUUUUUGUGAAAAAGGAUGGGCAAUAGAAGAAUCCAACUGAAAUUCCAAUGUCUGGACAUUUUCUUUCUGUUAUAAAGGAUUGGCAAUAAUACACAAAACUACAAGUCAAAACCCAUAUUUUCCUGGUUAUUGCUAAGAAGUUAAACAGUCA